CAUCAUGUUAGCACAAAGCUACACUUGUCUUAGUGGUAAAUCAAAGUGUCUCAUUUUGCUGAGGUCGCAGGUUUUCCAAAAUUCACACAUUUCCGUAAUUUUUCCGAUCUGUUAUCGAUGGAUUCAGAUAAGCCCUCUUCUACCGGUCGAAAGGUCAGAUUCACUCCGAAAGCUCCAGCAAAACGAAAGGCAAGACCAGCUUCUGCUGCUGCUAAAAUAGAAAAAGCUGAUGAUAAUAAUGAAGAUGCGGAAGCCCAGAAGAACUUAUUGCUACAGCGUUUCAAUGAACUUGGCAAGCAUCCACAACGGUCUAAAGUUAAGGACAAAGCUCCAGUGCAACCCACUUUCAUGCAUGGAGCAAAUCGAUCUGUUACCUUCAGGGGAUCUGAUCUUCUUCUAGAUGGAGGUCUCAAACAAAGUAGAGAAUCAGAUUUGAUGGACUUAGAUGACAGUACCAAGCAUUCUGUUUCAUCACCAUCUGCAGUUGGACCAAGCGUGAUAAAAAAGAGUUCAGGAGAUGAAUCGGGUCUUAAAACGAAGGAGUACAGAGAGCCUUGGAACUACGCUCAUACUUACUAUCCAACCACACUUCCUUUGAGGAGGCCAUACUCUGGUGAUCCAGACAUUCUUGAUGAGGCUGAAUUUGGGGAAGCUGCAAUGAAGUUGGAAUAUGAUGAGAAUUCAAUAAGUCCUGCCUCCGAACUUGGAUUUCUGAACCCAGAUGAGACAAGUGAGAAUGUUAGGUUGCUGUAUCUUCAACUUCCUACAUCUCUCCCUGCAAUUAAACGAUCUGCUACUGCUAAGGGGAAAGAAAUGGAACACAGUUCAGGACCAUCAUCAGGUCACAGGGGUUCAAUGGCUGUGAACAUGGGUGCAAAGGGAUCUAGUUCGCAGCAUGGGUGCAGUUUGGAAGACCUGAAUGCAGGACAUAUGGGGAAGUUGCUUGUUUACAAGAGUGGAGCUGUCAAACUUAAACUUGGAGAAACCCUCUACAAUGUCUCACCUGGAUCAGAUUGUUCUUUUGCCCAAGAUGUAGUAGCAUUCAAUACCAAAGAGAAGGAAUUCUGCUCUAUUGGCAACCUUGACAAGCGAGCCAUUGUCACCCCUGACAUUGCGUCUCUCUUAAAUACUGUGAAUGACCUAUGCUAGACUGGAUAACAUUUGAUGUUCUUGAACACCAUUACAACUUGUAUGUAGGAAGUUCCUUGUAAAUACGAUGAGAUCUCGGCUUUUCAGUAGCUAACCAUGAAAUUGUAGUAAUUGUAAAAAAAAAAAAUUGAACCCUUCAAUUUUAAGGAACAAUCUUGAUCGUUAA